CGCUAGAGCCGGCCGGCAGGGAGUGAUCCCCUCACUGUCCUGACCCUCCGUCUGCUUUUAUCUCCAAAUGCUGUAACUUCCUUACUCCACACAACCGACUCCUUUCUGCUCGUGUCCAGACGUGAGGUCUACCUGAUAUCCAAGCUCAGCGAUGACGUCCUACCAGGAGUUCAUCCAACAGAACGAGGACCGGGACGGGGUGAGAUUCAGCUGGAACCUCUGGCCCUCCAGCCGCCUGGAAGCCACCAGGCUCGUGGUCCCGGUCUCCUGUCUCUUCACACCACUCAAGGAGAGGCCUGAUCUUCCACCGGUCCAGUACGAACCAGUUCUGUGCAGCCGGGCCACCUGUAAGGCGGUGCUCAACCCACUCUGUCAAGUUGACUUCAGAGCAAAAAUAUGGGCGUGCAACUUCUGCUUUCAAAGAAACCCUUUCCCUCCAUCGUAUGCAGGCAUAUCUGAUGUGAACCAGCCAGCGGAACUCAUGCCGCAGUUUUCUACCAUUGAGUACAUAGUACAGCGCGGACCCACCGCCCCUCUGAUCUUCCUUUACGUUGUGGACACGUGUUUGGAAGAAGAGGACCUGCAGGCCCUGAAGGAGUCCCUUCAGAUGUCUCUCAGCCUGCUGCCGCCCAACGCCCUGGUCGGCCUCAUCACUUUCGGACGCAUGGUUCAGGUCCAUGAGCUCAGCUGUGAGGGGAUCGCCAAGAGCUACGUGUUCAGGGGCACCAAGGACCUCACCUCCAAGCAAAUCCAGGAGAUGCUGGGUUUAGUAAAGCCGGCAGCAUCGGUACAACAAGGCCGCCCUCCGGCACCUCAGGAUGCUGCAGCUACUUGCAGGUUCCUGCAGCCCGUGCACAGAGUCGACAUGAAUCUGACUGACUUGCUCGGUGAGCUUCAGAGAGACCCGUGGCCCGUCCCUCAGGGCAAACGGACACUCCGCUCCACCGGCGUGGCCCUGACCGUCGCCGUCGGCCUGCUGGAGGGGACAUAUCCCAACACGGGGGCUCGCGUGAUGCUGUUCAUCGGAGGGCCCCCCACCCAGGGCCCGGGCAUGGUGGUGGGAGACGAGCUGAAAACCCCCAUCCGGUCCUGGCAUGACAUCCAGAAGGACAACGCUCGCCAUCUGAAGAAAGCCACCAAGUACUACGAAGCCAUGGCCAACCGCUCGUCAGCCAACGGCCACUGUAUCGACAUCUACGCCUGCGCCAUGGACCAGUCGGGGCUGCUGGAGAUGAAGUGCUUGUCUAAUUUCACCGGGGGCCACAUUGUGAUGGGAGACUCCUUCAACACCUCCCUGUUCAAGCAGACCUUCCAGAGAGUCUUCAGCAAAGACUACAACGGAGACUUCCGCAUGGCCUUCGGCGGCUCCCUGGAAGUGAAGACAUCGAGGGAGGUGAAGGUUUGCGGCGCCAUCGGACCGUGUGUUUCACUCGGCUCCAAGGGCUCUUGCGUUUCAGAGAAUGAGAUGGGCAUCGGUGGCACGAGCCAGUGGAAAUUGUGCGGACUCAACCCCUCCACCACUUUGGCCCUUUAUUUUGAAGUGGUGAAUCAGCACAACGCACCAGUGCCCCAAGGUGGCCGCGGGGCGAUCCAGUUUGUUACCCAGUACCAGCACUCCAACAUGCAGAGGAGGAUACGGGUCACGACCGUCGCCCGCAACUGGGCGGACGCACAGUCCCAGAUUCAGCACAUCGAGUCCUCGUUCGACCAGGAAGCGGCCGCCGUGCUCAUGGCUCGCCUGGGCGUCUUCAGGGUGGAGUCGGAGGAGGGGCCGGACGUCCUGCGCUGGCUCGACAGGCAGCUCAUCCGCCUGUGUCAAAAGUUUGGCCAGUUCAACAAAGAGGAUCCUACGUCCUUCAAACUGUCGGAGUCUCUGUCCCUCUACCCCCAGUUCAUGUUCCACCUGCGGCGGUCGCCCUUCCUGCAGGUGUUCAACAACAGCCCCGACGAGUCGUCCUACUACAGGCACCACUUUGUCAGGCAGGACCUGACCCAGUCGCUCAUCAUGAUGCAGCCCAUGCUCUACUCGUACUCCUUCCACGGCGCACCAGAGCCCGUCCUCCUGGACAGCAGCAGCAUCCUGCCGGAUCGAAUCCUGCUCAUGGACAGCUUCUUCCAGCUGGUUAUCUUCCACGGAGAGACCAUAGCCCAGUGGCGUAAGGCCGGCUACCAGGAAAUGGCAGAGUAUGAGAAUUUCAAGCAGCUGCUGCUGGCGCCGCUGGAUGACGCCCAGGAGAUCCUGCAGACGCGCUUCCCCUUGCCGCGCUACGUCGAAACGGAGCACGGGGGCUCCCAGGCGCGCUUCCUGCUCUCCAAGGUCAACCCGUCGCAGACCCACAACAACCUCUACGCCUGGGGACAGGAGACCGGCGCCCCGAUCCUCACCGACGACGUCAGCCUGCAGGUCUUCAUGGACCACCUGAAGAAGCUGGCGGUUUCCAGCUCCACGUAGACGUCUCAACCCCGCCCCCCCUCGACGUGAUCACACGUUCCCGUUAUGACACGACGGGAUGCAUUCACAUUUAUUUCUCCUGUUUUUGAUGUUGUAAAGGAUCCAGAGAGGCCGCUGUAUGUGCUCGCUCGCGUCCUUUCUGGAGCCACGUGUCACAUAUCCACGCCAACUUGUUAUUUAUGAGAAUUGACUCCAGUUCUCCACACGGUCCUCACAUAAGCAAUAUUAAACCCGUUGUUCCUCUUUUAUAUUUGAUAUUACCGCUGACGUACGGAAUGAUUUAGGGUAAUAUUAAUUUCUUUUUGUUUUGUUUUUGUCUUGCAAAUAUGUUCAAAUUGGUGAACGGUGCUGUUAAAUAGGCGCGUGUGUGUGUUUCCGCUUUGUCUAUAGCUGAAGAUGAUAUGCGUCGGACAUAUUCUCAUUAAUAAAUUGUGAUGGUACCUUCUCAACGCCGAGGACAUGUUCACAGGGCUCUUCACGCUCGUUAAUCACAGUUUAUUUGACGUAUAGAUUUUUAAAAAAUCCUAGAUGGAUUAUAUACACCUGUGUUUUCCAAGAAAAUUCCCUCCUGAUUUUAAUGUUCUGAGGAAUUUGAAGUCAAAUCACGUCAAACUCGAAAAGAGGCCGACUGUGUUUUCUUUCUUUUCAAUGACGAACGUUGAGAUUUAUUUUUAACUUUUUAAGGCACUCGAUAUCGUAUUAGUCCUCGUCGACCAUCUGGAUGAUUUGCCUCUCGGUGUCUUUGUAAUCCAAACUUCACUAAACUGUAAAUCUUGUAAAUCUGUAUGCGGGGGGGGGGGGUCGCUUGUCUGAUUUCCCCCCCCACCCUGUCUGGAUUCCUCCCGAUAUCCAUAUAAAGCCCCGUCGGCAGGAAAACCC